AUGGAAAAAACACCUCUCCUCACUUCUCGGCGUGAUAAGGGCAAAUCGAGAAGGUUCGAGGGUGUGAGCUUGCUAGUGGUGGCUACCUUGAGUCUUGGUAUCAGUCUAUGGGUCUUGCUUAGAGCACAUGCAUUUCUGAGAUAUGAGAGCCCAGGUUUUUGGGAUUUGAAUGGGAAAGAGGGGGUUGAGGAGGGUGGUGGGGAGUGGAGGUGGAAGGAUAUUAAGCCGGCAAAGCAGUUGAGGUGGAAGAGAUGUUAUGAGAAUUAUGACUGUGCUGUGUUAGAUGUCCCGUUAGAUUGGGUUGAACCAUCAGAUAAAUUACGUGCUAGUAUCGCAGUUAUAAGACUUAACGCCACGAUUAGAGGAGAUGAGUAUAAAGGCGCUGUUUUCAUCAACCCAGGCGGACCAGGUGGCUCAGGAAUCUGGUUCAUAAAACACUUCUCCCCAUAUUAUCAAACCGUCGUCGGAAAGAACUACGACAUAAUAUCCUUCGACCCCCGCGGUGUCGGUUUCACAGCCCCACACAUCUCCUGCCUAACCCCCUCAUCCUCGCUCCUCUGGUCUCUGCUCACACCUCCCGUCCUAGACGCGCACGCGGGAAUCCUCCAUGACGCCUAUGCUCGUGCGCAGGCAUUCAGUCAAGCAUGCUCUCCUUUCCAAAACUCCACUUCAGCACUCGCUUACGUAUCCACCGCUUCCACGGCUCGAGAUAUGUACGCGCUCGUUCAAGCCACGGGGAAUGAGAAGUUGAAUUACUGGGGUUUUUCGUAUGGAACUUAUCUCGGCGUCACGUUUGCCUCGCUAUUUCCUGAAAAGGUGGGGAGAAUGGUGAAUGACGGGAACGUCGACGCUAUCGAGUACACUAACUCAAGAGGCGUGGGAUUUAUCCACGAUACUGAGAAAGUAAUGGAUGCUUUUUUUCAUUUCUGCUUUCUAGCUGGAUCAACUGGCUGUCAAUUUUGGGACACAAGCGAAGACGCAAUACGCACUCGUCUCGACCUGCUCUUGCAAGAACUAAAACGCAACCCGGUCAUCGUACCCGCAACAAAUGAGGGAGGUCGACCAGAAAUAAUCGCCUUCUCAUCCCUCCGCCGUCUUAUAACUAGCACCCUCUACCGUCCUCUCAUCAUGUUUCCAUCUCUCGCUACAGUUCUCUCAGGCCUAGAACGCGGGGACGGGAGCCUAUUCCUCGCGCUCCGUCCGCCGAUAAGUCAGGAUCCGUUUGGGUGUUCUAAUGACGUGGAUGAGGAACUAGAGGGGACAGAGGAUGCGGAGAAAGCGAUUAUGUGUUCUGAUAACGGGGGUGUGGAGGAGGGAGUUGAUGUGUUCGGGAAAUAUGUGGAUAAGUUGAUCGGAUUGAGUCCGAGUGCUGGGGCGACGAUGGCGGAGAUGAGAUUGGGUUGCGUCGGGUGGAAAGGGAGAGCGAGGUGGAGGUUUGAUGGACCAUUCGAGGGCAACACAACAACACCAAUCCUCUUCAUCGCCAAUAAAGCAGAUAACGUGACGCCUUUGCGUAGUGCAAUCGCGAACCAAAAAGGGUUCCCUGGGUCCAAGAUUCUAAUUCAGGAUUCAUAUGGCCACACAUCCCUCUCCACGCCCUCUCACUGUACAGUAAAAGCCAUCCGCGCAUACUUCCAGCACGGCACACUACCUGCAGACAUGAGCAUCUGCAACGCCGAUCUCGUCCCGUUCGAGCCGUGGGAUAUUAAUGAUCCUACUUCUUCGUCGUUCGAAGAUAGAGAAUUAAAUCUCGCGCUACGAGAGCUGAUGAAAAUGCCUAUACCUGGACUGUUUCGCUGA